UGAUCGGAAACGUGGAAAAUUUCUAUAGUAAAUUUCAAAAUGUCUGACUCCGCUUCUUCACCAAAGAAGGCCAAGAAGCCACAGAAACCAGCUUUACACCCUCCAUACAAAGAGAUGAUCAAGGCUGCUCUGACAUCUCUGAAAGAUCGUACGGGAUCAUCUCGCCAAGCCAUCGAGAAGUACAUCAGAGCAAACUACCCGGUUAACGACAAUUGUGCCUCUCAACUCAGGUUAUCUCUCAAGCGAUUGUCGGAUAAAGGAACAAUUGUUCACUCGAAAGGAAAAGGAGCCUCUGGCUCGUUCAAGUUGAACAAGGCCGCAGUCGCCGAAAAGAAACCCAAGAAAAAGACUGUGAAGAAACCCGCGGCCAAGAAAGCUGCCAAGAAAGAAAAACCCAAGUCACCAAAGAAACCAGCUUCAAAGAAGACAAGCAAAUCACCCAAGAAAUCAGCCAAGUCUCCUGCUAAGAAAUCAAAGAAAUCAGCAGAUAAACCAAAGAAAGUGACCAAAAAACCUGCUGCCAAAGCCAAGCCGGCAAAGAAGACUCCAGCCAAAAAACCUGCUGCAAAGAAGGCAGGCAAGAAACCAGCCAAGAAGACAGCCAAGAAGUAAAGUGUUGGCCGCUCACAAUACAAAACAAAACGGCUCUCUUAGGAGCCACCCACAUGGUGGAAAGUCAAUGACAUAAAUGCUAUUAUUUAAGGAAUUAUAAGAACAGCAAUACAUAAUUCAUGUGAACCUAAUUUUACAAYAUAUUGUGUUAUUUUUUAAAUAAUUAUUGAAUUUUUUUUAUACAGAAAUACAUAUAUGCCGAAAUUAUGAUCAUUUUGACUCAUUCAGAGUAUAUAUAAAAUAUCAGAAAUUGAAGUUGCCUAACA